AUGGCCAUGCAAGAUAUUGGCGUUUCGAUUGUGGGGAAAAUCGCGGAGAAGUUUAUUGAUCCAAUUAUACGUCAAUUUCAGUAUUUAUUUUGCUAUAGAAGCAACGAUGAAACCCUGAGGAAUGGCAUCAAAAAACUCGAGCUAACGAAAACUGAGGUGCAACAAUCGGUAGAUGCAGCAAGAAACAAUGGUGAAGAAAUUAAACCAAUUGUUACUGAUUGGCUAAGGCAGGCUGAUGGUCUAGAGAAAGAGGCAGAUACUAUUUUUGAGGGUAUGGAGAAUGUUAAGGUGAAUUGCUUUAAAAUUGUUAGGCUCCCGAAUUUGAAGUCACGUUAUUUGAUAGGCCGCCAUGCUGCCAAAAGAGGAAAUGAUGCUGAAAAACAUCUCAGAGAGAGGCGGUUUGAUGAAGUUGGAUACCUUCCUCCACUGGGGAAAAUGCCUUUUAGUGAAUCAACCCCAUCCUUUGAGGAAAGUCUAAUUACAAGGAUGUCAAUGAAAAGGGAAGUGAUUGAAGCUCUAAAGCAGGAUAAAAGAAGUCUACUCGCAAUUUGUGGUAUGGCCGGCGUAGGCAAGACUUUUUUGUUGGAGCAAAUUGCCGACCAGGUUAAGUCUGAGAAACUGUUUGAUGGCGUAGCCUUUGCAACUAUUUCUCAAAAUCCAGACAUGAGAAAUAUCCAAAAUCAACUUGCUGAGCAGUUAAGGAUGAAAUUAAAAUCUGAGCACAGUGGUCGUGCAAGAGCUGAACAGAUUUAUACUAGACUAAUCAAUAGUGACAAGAGAAAUCUUGUUAUGCUGGAUGACAUUUGGGAAGAAGUGGAUCUUAGGAGUCUAGGAAUUCCCAUUAGAUCAGGUAAGUGCAAGAGCUUAACAGUUGUAUUGACAUCUCGGUUCUCUCAUGUGUGUAGGAACAUGGAAGCAGAAAUUUUUGAGGUGAAUGCCUUGCCUAAGGAAGAAGCAUGGCAUCUUUUUAAAGAGGUUGCGGGAAUUUCCGAUGAUUCAGCUUUGAGUGACGUUGCAAAACAAGUUGCAGAAGAAUGCAAAGGAUUACCUCUAGCAAUCGUUGUUGUUGCCAGGGCAUUUAGGACUAAUUAUACAACACCAGAAUCCUGGAAACUCGCCCUUGGACAGCUAAAGAAGUACACAAUGAGAGACCUAGAAAGAGUUCAAGAUUUGGUGUUUUCCAGAAUCGAAUGGAGCUAUGAUCGUUUGAAAAGUGUUGAAGCCAAGUCACUACUACUGUUUUGCAGCUUGUUUCCAGAGGAUUAUAGCAUUCCAGUCGAAUGUUUGGUUAGGUAUGGGAAAGGGUUGAAAAUGUUCCAAGAUAGAGAGACUUUGGGAGAUAUGAGAUACAGAGUAGACCAGAGUAUCAGUGACCUUAAAAGUUGCUAUUUGUUGCUAACCGAUGGUGGAAAAGAAGACCAUGUAAAAUUGCAUGAUGUCGUGCGAGAUGUUUGCUUGAAAAUUGCAUCAGAAGGCGAGCAUGUAUUUUUGGUAAGGAAUGUUGGAGGAAAAGAAGGGCACCCGCAACCUGAUUCAUUUGGUCGUUAUACAGCUGUUUCGCUGACAUGGAAGGGCAAUUCUAAUGGACCAUUUCCAUUGGGAGAGGAAUGUCCAAAGCUUAGGCUGCUGCGUUUGGUCUUCCAGUCAGGCAAAAUGAUCAGCCUAUCACCAGAUUCUUUUGCAGGGAUGGAAGAUCUCAGGGUCAUGGAGUUUAACAAAUUACAAAUUGAAUUUUCACCAUCAGAUCCUGGCCAAAUGUUGAUGAGCCUUCGGACAUUGUGCCUGGAUUAUUGUGAGUUAGGGAUUGGAACGUCGUCGAUGAUUGGAUACAUGACGCAAUUGGAGAUUUUGAGCUUCUUUGAGUCCAGACUUCGGGAUAAUCAGUUUCCAACCGAAAUUGCUCAGCUGAGUAAUUUAAAGGUGUUGGAUUUGAGGGUUGAAAGUAGCCGCCACCCGUUGUCUCUUGGUAUCUUGUCAAGCUUGAAAAAGCUAGAAGAAUUGUAUAUGGGAUUUCAUCGUCCAUUGCGGCUAGGGAGAAAUGCAGAAGAAGAAAGAGGAUGCAUUAAAGAGAUCACAUCACUGGCUUGCCUUGAAUGUCUCCAAAUUAAUUUACAUGGCAUUGACGACCUGCUUCUAUUAUUACGCGAAUUCCCUGUUGAGAGGUUGUCAAGAUUUAACAUUAGUUGCAAACAAACUCAGACAAAAAACGGUGGAGACUAUCAAUUUCGGAGGAAUUUCAAACUUUAUUUGCCUGACGAGAAAGAUUCCGAACUAGCAUUGUGUCCUGCAGUUACUAGCAUAAUCAGGAGAACUGAGAAUCUCAUUUUGGACCUUGGGUUCUUGUUUCGCUCGGGGAAUUUUGUGAAUGACUUAGAUGAAAGUGGAUUUGUCAAUUUGAAAAGGCUCAGAUUGAAGUCGGGUUCAUGGGAAUGCCUUAUUGAUUCCACCACCAACCUAGCUCCUCGACAUGUUUUUGAAAAUCUGGUGUUCAUGGAAUUAACAUCUGGCAAAUUGGAAGAAAUAUGUUAUGGAAAUCUUCCACCUCGUUGCUUCAGCCAACUUCAAGAGAUGAAACUCCUGAGAAUGAAUUUUAUUGAGUACUUGUGGAAGGGGCCAAUUGAACCUCCGUCACUUUGCAAUCUCAGAGGUAUUGAGGUCUCACUCCCUCGGUUGGAAAUGCUAGACCUUACAAGUCCUGGUUAUCGCCCAGAACAAUUUGUAGGAGGUGAAAUGCUUAGAGGGUCUCUUGAGAACUUAAGAUCUUUGGUGCUUUCAAGGUGCUAUGUUAUCAGAUGCAUUGCGAAAGCUGAUGGUGUGGCAUUGUUAGAGAAUCUGCAGAGCUUUUCUAUGGGUGAUUGUCCUUCGAUGGAAUUACUUUUCGACCUUGAGGGUCUAAAAGUUCCCAUUCCAUCAAAAAAGGAGCUUGAAAUUCUUCCCAAUCUAAAGUCACUGGAAUUGAGAGGGUUAACAAGAUUAGCCCACAUUUGGAGGAAUUAUCCAAAAGGGAUUCGAGUAUUCCAAAACUUGAGAAUAUUACAAGUAGAGGGGUGCAGUUUACCAUGUUUGUUUUAUCCACCUUGCGUGGCUGAUAUGCUUGUAAGUCUUGAAGAAUUGAAAGUUGGUCUUUGCCCGGCAAUGUAUGCAGUUAUAGCGGGGGAAAAUGAAGAGACCAGUCAAGAAGAUCAUGAUGGUGGGGAAAAAAGAGAAAUUUCAUUGGGAAGAACCAACAAGGAGUUUUUGUUCCCAAAACUAAGCUCCUUAAGCUUUGUAAACCUCCAAAAUCUUCAAAGCUUCAGUGGUGGUCACCACGAGGGUUGUGACUUCAAAUUUCCUUCACUGACCCAAUUGGAAAUAAUGCGUUGCCCGGAGUUGAAGAAUUUGUGUCCCGGAAAAUUGGAUGCACCAUUACUUAAGAAAGUCAAAGUGGAAGAGAAUGAUGCCAAUAUUCCUCUGGAUUUAAAGGCUGACAACCUGUCAUUUCUUGAACAAAAUGGAGCAUGGCCUAGGCAACAUCCAAGGCAUUCCAUUGGGAAGCAUUAUCACCAACCACAUGUGGGCUAUGGAUCGAAAUGUGAGUGGUCCUCGACUCAAGAAGAUGCUCAAGGUGAUAGUCGACAAGAGAAAGAAGCUGAAAUUGCACGUAUUGAAGAAUCUCAAGGGGUUGAGAGAACUACCCAACCAGUCUCAACCGAUCCUUCCUCCUCACGUCGUCCAUCAUCACCGCAAGACACUCAGUCUUUUCUCAAAAAGAUGAUGGAUAAGCUGCUUUGUAUUGAGGUCGAAGUGAAGAAGAGUAGACAAGAGAACAAACAGAAUUCCGAGCGUCUUCGUCACAUUGAAGCUAAAUUUGGCAUUGAAACUCCACCAACUCCAUCUUCUUUAACUGACCAAGCGGCUACUUGA